ACAAUGGCGGACCCUCUCAUCAAGCCGGAUCCGGAAAACCAAGGCGCGUCACCGGGGCCGUUCAGCGAAGAUGAUAUCUACGAAGAUGCUGGAGACCUAGAAUUUAAUACAGAUCCCCACUUCCAGAAGUUGUAUCUUGCGCGAGUACCGAAGUUUCUAUGGGAAGCAUGGGAGAAGCUGGACGACGAUGCUGAGAUCCAGAUUGGGACCAUCAGACAGACGCAAACUGUAGUAGACGGGGAGACGAAGCAAUUUCUUUCUAUGCUAUUAUCCUCUAACCUCGCAGAGCAUCAAACUGUGCCCAAGGAGUACACGCUAGACGUAACGGACGAGGCUGUCAAAAAUACAUUUGUUUUCACUGAACAAGAUCUCCCCGGCUUUAAGUCGAAGUCGAAGCAAAAGUUCGAUCCCGCCAGCGCGAAUAUGCCAGCUAGGCUGACACGCCCGAAGAACGACAAACCGAUUUCCAAGCAGCCACAUGAUCCUAACAAACGCUUCCAACCAUACUUCAGGAAGGCUAUACCAAAACGCACAACUAUUGCUGGGAAAGUAGCCCACGAAGUCAACUGCAUUGCUGUUGAGAAUGCAGAAUCCGAGCGUCUUAUUGCUAUGCGAACGUUGGAAGCUAUGCGCCCAAAGAAGUUUACCAAGUUUAUCAACGAGGACCUGUCCGUCACAAGCAAGGACUUCAUUCAACCUGGUACCAUCAGCGCCCAGAACGCAUUCCAGACGUUCAUCAAAACGAAGGGCCCAGCUGCAGGUCAACGACCACAACUCAUGAAGACUGCCCGUAUGCCACAGAACGAGCUGCUGGAUCGUAUAUUCGAUUGCUUCAAGAGAUACAACUAUUGGUCUAUGAAGGCUUUGCGCGCAGAACUCCAGCAACCUGAAGCCUACCUACGAGAAACGCUGGAGAAGGUUGCGGUGCUGGCAAAGAGUGGAAGAUUUGCUACACAAUGGUCAUUAAAGCCGGAAAACAAGAUUGCCAACUAUGACCAGAUUGGCGAUGCGGUUGCGCCCACGGCAGAGGGAGAUCCGGGAGGAGACAGUGAUAUGGGCGACGAGGAAGAUGGAGAGGAUGAAGAUGACGUAAAAUUCGAGGACGUGGUCUCUUAGAUGGUCGACUGGCUGGCAUCUAUUCUCGUGACAUUGCAAGGCGUUUUGGGUCGGGGGGGACGUCUGCUGGUCUGCAUGCGAUGGCGUUAUGCAUGCGGGAUGCAUUUGCGGUGUUUUCACAGUCAGCAAUCCCUGAAUAGGGGCAGAGACGCAUGGUCUUCCUUCAUAUAGGGAAUGGCAUAACCCAUUCUAUAAGCCAAGAUAGCGUGUAGUAAUAAUCUCAAAAGAUCUCAAAUUGGUAGACAAUGGGAAUG